AACGCGUAUGACGUCACGGUGGUGGUGGGGCAGCGUGCUCACUGAUUGGCUGGGGUGGAGUCACGAGACUGGGAAGGGAAGAGGAAAGAAACAGAUUGAGUAGCGCUGUGUGAAUCUGCUGUAAAAUGAGUGAGUCUUUAGUUGUGUGUGAGGUGGAUGGAGACCUUGUGAAGAAGCUGAGGGAUUUCCGCUUCAGGAAAGAGACCAGUAACGCUGCCAUCAUCAUGAAGAUUGAUAAAGAUCGACAGCUUGUGGUCUUGGAUGAGGAAUAUGAAGACAUUUCUCCUGAUGAACUGAAGGAUGAACUGCCGGAGAGACAGCCUAGAUUUGUAGUAUACAGUUAUAAAUAUCAACAUGAUGAUGGACGAGUGUCGUAUCCCCUCUGCUUUAUUUUCUCCAGCCCAGUUGGCUGUAAACCAGAGCAGCAGAUGAUGUACGCUGGAAGUAAAAACAAACUGGUUCAGACUGUGGAACUCACCAAGGUGUUUGAGAUCAGAAACACAGAGGAUCUGACAGAGGAGUGGCUAAGGGAGAAACUCGGCUUCUUUCGUUAAAAAAACGUCCAAUCCUAUUGCUGCAAUGAUGAACACAAGGCUUUAUGUCGCCUCAGAGAGGAAACCAUCAUCCAUUUAACACUAACCCGUGUUUGUCUGUGUGUGUGUUUGUGUGUUUUUAUAAAGAAUCCUACGCAGAUAACAGAAUUUGACUGACCACACUUCCACAUGUCAUACAAACACCUAAAAUUUCAUAAAUCUUUCACAUUUUCAUUUUGUUUUUUAGGAAAAGUUUAAACAUUGCAUUCCACAUGUGAGCAGAGAGUGAUAAACAAACUGAUGUAGGUUCUUGUGUUAGUCACAGUUCUCUCAAUAACAUCACUGACUGAAGACGUACGUCUGUGUCCCAAACACUAGUUGCUCGUUACACGUAGAAAGAAAGAAGAAACCUAACCCUCACACUGACACUCGUAUCAGUAUUGGAAUCUCCGACGCUGGCAGUGCACUUUGGUACAGAGUGAAUAUGCACCAUGUGAACUCCAACAGCAGAUAACCAUCAAAUAUGAGUACUUUAGUUUGGGACACAGCCGAAGAAACCGAAAGCAAAGAGAAGUGUGUGUGUGCACGUGAAAACGUAAAAAAACCGCUUGGUAAAAAAAAGCACUGCAGGUUUUGGCCAAUCAGAAUGCACAAUACUUCACUACACUAGGGACAUUUAACAUGAGCCAAUAUCUAAGAUGUUAGAGCAAAUUACAGAAAUAAUUACACUAAGAAAAGUGGGAGACACUUGAGAGCUCGUGACACUAGACAUUGAGGAAGAAAAUAAGGAACAUUUGAGAGCUGGGGAAAGUAAAUCAGCAAGAAUAAAGGAAGAAAUGUAAAGGACAUGUAAGAUGUUGUGAGGAAGUGGAUAUGAAAGUGAUUUGUUGUAUACCUUUGGACUAAAAUGCCCCCUCAGUUCCCAAGAGCCCUAGCAUUGUUCCCUUCCUUUUAGUGCCCUUUAUUACAACCUGAGAGAAGAGAUUGAAUCACACCCCCUUGUUAUUAAGGUGAGUGAUAGGGUUGCAGAAUUACUGAUCGGAUCCAAUCCU